AGAUGGUCCAGCCCAUGUUUCACUACUAGGCCCAAACAACAAAUUUCAGUAAAGCCCACAACUCCUCAGUCAGAUUCCCAAAACCAAAAAUUACACAGAAUUCCAACCGGGAAAAAACAAACCUAAACCAGCUUUCCCUCGCUUCCCUCGUUCUAGCCGGCGCUCACGGAGCAACCCUAGCCGCCGCCGCGCCGUCGUCAUCAGCCACUCCACUCUCCGGUCACCGCUUCCUCUUAUAUGUACCGUCAUCUCUGCUCCCUCCCUCAUUUUCCGUUUGUACCUUUCCUAUGAAUCACAAAGGGUUUAUGAAUUGGCUUGAUAUCCUAAACUAUUCGUAGUCCUUUGUUUCUCUAUCGAAUACAUGGCUACUCUGCUUGUUGGUCUUUGAAUUGUCCCAAGCAAGCUCGGUGGCGAUUUGAUGGAUCUUUCAACUUUGAUUGAACGACUGAGGAUGAGAAUUACAAAGAACUGUUCUGUUUAGGAUAUCAAUUUGAAACCUUUUUUGUUCUGCAGAAAAUCAUCAUGACGGCUGUCAAUGCUGAGUUAACCCGAGCGAUUGGAGCAGCCAUUAGGCCAUCUUCGAGCAAAAUCGAUUUCUCCCAUCGAGCUGUAGAUAGGUGUGCGUUUAAUCCUUCCUUCGAGGGACGCUCACUCCAAGCAGUAGGAGUUACUGGUGCAGCUAAAAACAGAGUCUUUGCCAUGGGAAAUGGAAGUGGGAGCGGAGAUGGGUCUAGUGGCGGGCUGACUUACAAGGAUGCCGGUGUAGAUAUUGACGCCGGGACCGAACUCGUGAGGAGGAUUGCUAAGAUGGCCCCUGGAAUUGGUGGUUUCGGUGGUCUCUUCCCCCUCGGGGAUUCAUAUCUUGUUGCUGGUACAGAUGGAGUGGGUACCAAAUUGAAACUUGCUUUCGAGACAGGAAUCCAUGACACUAUUGGCAUCGAUUUGGUUGCAAUGAGUGUCAAUGAUAUAGUCACUUCAGGUGCAAAACCUCUCUUCUUUCUUGAUUACUUUGCAACUAGUCAUCUUGAUGUCGACCUGGCCGAAAAGGUUAUUAGAGGCAUUGUGGAUGGCUGCCAACAAUCUGAUUGCGCGCUAUUGGGAGGAGAGACUGCAGAGAUGCCAGAUUUCUAUGCAGAGGGUGAAUAUGAUCUCAGUGGUUUUGCAGUCGGCAUUGUUAAGAAGGAGUUGUUCAUUGAUGGGAAGAACAUUGUAGCUGGGGAUGUUUUGAUCGGAUUACCAUCUAGUGGAGUCCAUUCUAAUGGGUUUUCUCUUGUCAGAAGGGUGUUAGAUCGAAGUGGUCUUUCUCUGAAGAACCAACUUCCUGGAAAUGGCCUUACUUUAGGUGAGGCUCUAAUGGCCCCUACUGUCAUAUAUGUCAAGCAGGUGCUGGACAUAAUUGGCAAGGGAGGUGUAAAGGGCAUAGCCCACAUUACAGGAGGCGGUUUUACAGAUAACAUACCUAGAGUUUUCCCCAAAGGUCUUGGGGCUGCUAUUUACAACAACUCCUGGGAAGUCCCACCUGUCUUUAAAUGGAUCCAAGAUGCUGGAAACAUAGAAGACGCAGAGAUGAGACGAACAUUCAACAUGGGCAUCGGGAUGGUGCUAGUGGUGCCUAAGGAAGUAGGAAGAAGAAUCGUCGAGGAUGGAGAACACAAGGCGUGCCUAAUUGGCGAGGUCGUAGGGACCGAAGGAGUAAGCUAUUUAUAACCGCCGGUGAUAAACUCUUCGAGAUUCC